AUGACUUCCAACAAAGAACCCAGAAUUGGCGUUGGUGUUUUUGUCAUGAAUGCCGAGGGCAAGUUUGUCCUAGGCAAGCGAAAGGGCAGCCAUGGCGCAAAUACUUGGGCCUUACCUGGUGGACAUCUCGAGUUCGGCGAGUCCUUUGAGACCUGCUCCGAACGCGAAAUUCUCGAAGAAACAGGCCUACAAAUUCGCGAUAUUCGGUUCUUGACUGCCACGAACAGUGUCUUUGAAGCUGAAGGCAAACACUAUGUUACUAUAUUCAUGGCAGCAGUUCUCAGCAAUGAUUCCGAUCAGCCGGAGAUCUUGGAACCUGAAAAGUGCACAGCAUGGGAAUGGGCUUCGUGGGAUGAGCUGCGAGCUGAGGGGGUAUCGCAACUGAGCUCAGGGUCGAACCACACUGGGAGAGAGCUAUUCCUGCCUUUGUUGAGCCUCAUUGAACAGAGACCUGACUUCCGUGUUUAA